GUAAGUGCCAUAGCCUACCUCUCCGCACUCUGAUCUAAACAGACAUACAGUCGCGUCUAUGAGCUUUCAUUCCAAGAGAGAAAAGGCAGGGACGUUCAAAAGACAUCAAUUCCCCUAGUGGGAUAAUGUGGACAGAAAAGUGCAAGGCUGGGCUCCACUUCCUCAUCGAGUCGUUUUAGUGGCUUUUGCCGUUUUUCCAGGGAUUAUCAUGGGAACAGCAGCGCACUGACGGAACUAAACUGAUUGCUCUGCGGAGCCUAAUGGGAGGCACCUGAGAUUGGAUGCAAAGGAGUAUCCCACUCUUCCUCCGAGUUCUGGGACUUGUGUGCUGGGAUGUGCAGUGAGCGGGGUAUGCAAAUAGAGUGCUCUGCUCUCCCUCCGAACACCUCGUCCUGCUAUGCCCCGGAGGAGAAAAUGAAUUUCUCAGCAGAAAACCAGAAAGCCGGGCUACUCCUUAAGCCACAAAAUGAAUCCCUUGGACAAGCAGGUGACGUUGACAACGGCAUAUUCCCCCUGGGCAGCAGCGAGCUGGAGACCCUGUUCCUGGUGACCAUCCACGAGCCCACCACCAUCGCGCUCACCGUCAUGUACAUCCUGUCCUUCAUGGUGGGCUUCGUGGGGAACAUCAUGGCCAUCCACGUGCUGACCGGCCGCCGGAGUAAGCGCCUGUCCGGCGUGAGCGCCACCAGGAGCCUGCUGAUCAACCUGGCCGUGUGCGACCUGAUGGUGGUGCUGGUGUGCAUGCCCAUCACGCUGGGCCACAAGAUCUACACGGCGUGGGUGUACGGCGACUUCCUGUGCCGCGCCGUGCCCUUCACCCAGGCCGUGUCGGUGUCGGCCAGCGUGCUGAGCCUGACGGUCAUCAGCGUGAACCGCUACUACAGCGUGCACAGCCCGCUCAACGCCCGCUCCUUCUUCACGCGCCGCAAGAUCGCCUGGACCAUCGUGCUGGUGUGGCUGCUCUCCUCGGCCAUCUGCUCGCCGCUCAUCUUCAUGAACCGGCGCGACGAGAUCCCGCUGAUGGGCGACGUGGUGGUGCCCGUGUGCCAGGAGGUCUGGCCGUCGCCGCGCCUCAAGCAGGUCUACAACGUGCUGCUGUUCGUCACGCUCUACUGCGUGCCCGUCACCUUCAACCUGGUCAUCAGCUUCCUGACCAGCAAGAAGCUGUGGUGGGCCUCGCGCAACUUCGCCGACUGCGACCCGCAGAGCCAGGCGCUGCACUCGUCGCGGCUGAAGAUGCGCAAGAAGAUCGCCAAGAUGGUGGUGGCCCUGGUGCUGCUGUUCGCCGUCUCCUGGCUGCCCUUGUACUUGGCCGACAUCUGGAUCGACCACGUGCAGCAUCCCCCGCACUGGGUGCUGCAGCUGCGCCUCUUUGCCCAGUGGCUGGGCCUGACCAACUCCAGCCUCAACCCCAUCUGCUACUGCUUCAUCGGCGACCUCUACCGCUCGGCCAAGGUCAUCAAGAGUAAGUACCACCAGCGGCUCAUCUCGCUGCUCAGCUCCUCCUCCACGACCAGCAGCAGCAGCAGCAGCAUCCCCCGCAUGUUCUCCCUCCGGCGCCACAAGUCGGGCCAGCGGUCAGGGCAGAUGAGCCAGGUGUCCGAGGAGACCUUCUCAGAGUGGUGCUCGCACACCAGCGUCUAUGAGAACCCCAGUCAGAUGGUGUCUCUUCAGAGCCUCGCAGAGAAGACUUCUGACUUAACAGACCUGUAGGAGGAGUCAGGCCCAGUGUGAUCAAAGCCUUGCUUUGCACCCCCUCCCUUUAGAAUCCAAAGGCGCCUUGAGCAGAGUGCUGCAUGAAAUCAGUGGUCCGUAUGAAGUGCUCCUUGGAGGAGCAUAUAUUGUGGAGGUGCUUGUGUGUGACAAUUCUGACAUUUUAUGGCAUUCGUUUGGUUGACGUAAAGUUUUCAGUGUUUGUGCUUUUUGGAGUGAGGUGUGGGAGGUGAAAGUGGAAAAUGGAAUGUUGUUCCUCAACAAAGCCGCGUGCAGUGUGGAGAAUGUACUUGGUUAGUCUUGGCUAAAUGAGUGGAUCAAGAUGAAGUGAAUGUGAGGUGAAUGGCUUGCAACAAGUAGAAACAAGUGGAUUCAUCAUCAGGACAUCAACAACUGUGUCUAAUUUUGUCAUCAUUUUGAUCAAAUGUACUGCGUACAUAUCAUUAUGAAUGUUUAAUGUCAAAUAAUGUCAAAUAUAGUAUAAUAUAAGUUUUUUUUACUGUAUAUUAAGAAGCACUUGAUGUACUUCCAUUUUAACUGUUUACAACAUACACUUUGUCUUGAGUGUAAAACUGGUAAACUUAAGUUUUUCAGGAUACAUGGUUUUAAUGUAGCAGAUGCAUUGUGCUGGUGCAGAUUGGUCUCCCAGCCAUCCCCUAAGAGAGGGCUGCAUGUGUUUGCUGGAGAAGGUCAGUGUGUGUGUGUGUAUUUACCGCCAUUAAGAUGCUGCUAACUGAGGCUGGGGGCCAGCUCGGGGCGAAACAGGGUUAAUGGGAGCUGUGGUCUGGCUGGAUUGCAGCAAAUGGUUUUCUGUUGAACUGAAAAUGACUCCUGUGGCAAUAUGGGCAGAUAUGGGAGUGACAUCUUUGACAGUGCAGUGCAUAAUUUAGGAUUGAAUGCACACUCUCAGAGCUGGCGAAUAGAUAUAAAGUGUAGGCCUGCCCUUGCAGACAAAAGUAUACCCUUAAAAAAUGUGUUUAAUAUGGGCUUGGGUGACUUUUGAGAUCAGGCUUCAUAUAUCUAAGUCUGAAGAAUGAUCUAAAGACUAGCCACAAAUCAACCAGUUCUGCCACAAGGAAUAUUUCAGCACAUUUCACCGAAGUCAAGUGAAUAUUCCAUGUCUCAGUGUUGAUAUUAAUAAAACAUAGCAAUCCAAACAAUGUGGACUCAA